GUUCGUGCUCGUACGUGCACGCGAGAGGAGGACCCUGUUUGCAUCCAAGUGGGUGGGACGUGAAGCCAGCUGGUUUUAAGCUUUAGUUUCCUGGUGCUGAGACGCUCUACCUUCUCCUCAGCCUCCAUUCUGAGUUACACACUCUUCAGGACAGCCUUCUGCACCUCCAGUUUGGAAAUCUAUACUCUUCUCACUAUGGCAGCGAUUGGAAACCGUGGAACAGUGACUGAGGCAGCUGGUUUUAAUGCAGAUGCAGAUGCCCAGAAGCUUAGAGAAGCCAUGAAGGGAGCUGGCACUAAUGAGGCAACUAUCAUCGAGGUCCUUGCCCAUCGGACUAUUGCCCAGAGGCAGCGCAUCAAAGAGGCCUUCAAACAAACAGUAGGGAAGGACCUGGCUGAUGAGCUGUCUGGAGAGCUGAGUGGGAACUUCAGGAGUGUUGUUCUCGGUCUGCUGAUGCUGGCACCUGUGUACGAUGCCUACGAGCUGUGGGCUGCAAUGAAGGGGGCUGGAACAGAAGAGGCAUGUCUCAUCGAUAUUCUGGCUUCGAGAUCAAAUGAGGAAAUAAAAACCAUCAAUGCAGUCUACAAGAAAGAAUAUGAGAAGAGCCUGGAAGAUGCUGUGUGUGGGGACACAUCUGGAAUGUUUCAAAGGGUUUUGGUGUCUUUACUCACAGCUGGACGGGAUGAAAGCAGCAACGUGGACGAGGCCCAGGCGGUUCUAGAUGCCAAGGAAAUCUAUGAGGCUGGCGAGGCUCGAUGGGGCACAGACGAAGUUAAAUUCCUCACAGUUCUUUGUGUGAGGAACCAGAACCAUCUGCUGCGAGUGUUCGAGGAAUAUCAGAAGAUUUCUGGGAGAUCAAUUGAGGAGAGCAUUAAGAGGGAGAUGUCUGGCAGUCUGGAGGACGUCUUUCUGGCCAUAGUGAAAUGCAUCAGGAGCAAGCCAGCAUUCUUUGCAGAGCGAUUAUACAAAUCAAUGAAGGGGCUGGGAACCACAGAUACUGUCCUCAUCAGGAUAAUGGUGGCCAGGGCAGAGAUUGACAUGCUGGACAUUAAGGCUCAGUUCCUGAAGAUGUAUGGAAAGACCCUCUACUCUUUCAUCAAGGGAGACACAUCUGGUGACUACCGCAAAAUCCUCUUGGAGCUGUGUGGAGGCGAGUAAAAGACACAUCAGAGCAACAUUCAGCUACGUUUUUAUCCUGAAAGCCACUUUCUGUUGGGCUUUUUUCUUCUUCCACGUCAGUCCCAUUUCACUGAUUGACACAGUGCCUUGUUUUACUGUUUAUAAAACCUAUUAAACCAAAGACCAGUGACCUUUUA